AUGGAUGCUACGGCGGCCGAUCGUGUUACAGCAUGUGCCGGCGCAAAGAAUUUUAGCGGAGUAGGGGAGCUAGGGCUUGAGACAACAUGGUUUGGUACAGGUGAGGGUGAGAAUGUGAGGAAAUGGAGGAGGAAUGGAUCACAAGACCAACAAGACUAA